AUGUGUUCAAAGACCCGAAGGUCAAAUCCCGUCUCUGUCAGAGGAGAUGCCAACCAUCUCUCCUUUCUACGAACACAAUCAAUUGUUCCGUAUGUAAACAUAUAUAUACUUCACCUAAACGGAAUUCUUAACCGAUGUGGGACAAAUACUUAUUCCUUUUCUUCAAAACCUCUCCCCUCCACUGCCUCUGUCUCUCUGUUUUCGCUCAGAUUUAUGAAGAAUCUCGUUUCAAACCUUCGAUUUUUCUCCUCUUAUUCUUCUUCGAUAGUUCCGCGAUGUAGUAACAUACCUAAACCAAUUCUCAAUCCUCUCUACAAUUUACUUCCCCAGUCUCAAAACCCUAGUAAAAUCGUGGAUGUUAUCUGUUCAACACUCAACCACAGUGAUUAUUCCGUCUUGUUACCUAACCUUCGUGACGAGGUGAAAUCGCUGAUUCCUCAUUUGGGUUAUCCUGAAAUCUCGAGGGUUUUGCUUAGGUUUCAGUCUGAUGCUUCUCGAGCUAUUACGUUCUUUAAAUGGGUUAAAUUUGAUUUGGGGAAGAGGCCUAAUGUUGGUAACUACUGUUUGUUGCUUCACAUUCUUGUGUCUUCUAAGAAGUUUCCUUUAGCUAUGCAGUUUCUCUGUGAAUUGAUUGAAUUGACAUCUAAGAAAGAAGAAGUGGAUGUGUUCAGAGUUUUGGUUUCUGCUACUGAUGAAUGUAAUUGGGAUCCUGUUGUUUUUGAUAUGCUUGUGAAAGGUUAUCUGAAAUUGGGUUUGGUAGAAGAAGGGUUUAGGGUUUUUAGAGAGGUGCUUGAUUCCGGUUUUAGUGUUAGUGUUGUUACUUGUAAUCAUCUACUGAAUGGGUUGUUGAAGUUGGAUUUGAUGGAGGAUUGUUGGCAAGUGUAUAGUGUGAUGUGUAGAGUUGGAAUCCAUCCCAAUACGUAUACGUUCAACAUUCUUACUAAUGUGUUCUGCAACGAUUCAAAUUUUCGUGAAGUUGAUGACUUUUUGGAGAAGAUGGAAGAAGAAGGUUUUGAGCCUGAUUUGGUUACUUAUAAUACGUUAGUGAGUAGUUAUUGUAGAAGAGGAAGGUUGAAAGAAGCGUUUUAUCUGUAUAAGAUCAUGUAUAGGCGUCGUGUUGUGCCUGAUUUAGUUACUUAUACAUCGCUUAUCAAAGGUCUUUGUAAAGACGGGAGAGUUAGAGAAGCUCAUCAGACUUUUCACAGGAUGGUAGACAGAGGAAUUAAGCCUGAUUGCAUGUCUUACAAUACUCUUAUUUAUGCUUAUUGCAAAGAAGGAAUGAUGCAACAAUCGAAGAAGCUGUUACAUGAAAUGCUUGGGAAUAGCGUUGUUCCCGACAGGUUUACUUGUAAGGUUAUAGUUGAAGGAUUUGUGAGAGAAGGACGGUUACUUUCUGCUGUUAAUUUUGUUGUCGAGCUUAGAAGGUUAAAGGUUGAUAUCCCAUUUGAAGUUUGCGACUUUCUGAUAGUAAGUUUAUGCCAGGAAGGUAAACCAUUUGCAGCAAAGCAUCUAUUAGAUCGAAUUAUCGAAGAGGAAGGUCACGAGGCUAAACCAGAGACUUACAAUAACUUAAUUGAGUCUUUGUCCCGUUGUGAUGCUAUAGAGGAGGCAUUGGUUCUAAAAGGCAAACUCAAAAACCAGAAUCAAGUACUUGAUGCCAAGACAUACCGAGCUCUUAUAGGCUGCUUGUGUAGGAUUGGUAGGAACCGUGAAGCCGAGUCUUUGAUGGCAGAAAUGUUUGAUUCUGAAGUGAAACCGGAUUCAUUUAUAUGCGGGGCUUUGGUUUAUGGAUACUGCAAGGAAUUGGAUUUCGAUAAAGCUGAGAGACUAUUGAGUUUGUUUGCUAUGGAGUUUAGAAUCUUUGACCCAGAGAGUUACAAUUCGCUUGUUAAGGCUGUUUGUGAAACGGGAUGUGGAUAUAAGAAAGCGUUAGAGCUUCAAGAAAGAAUGCAAAGACUCGGGUUUGUUCCAAACAGGUUAACUUGUAAGUACUUGAUCCAAGUGUUGGAACAGCCUUCUUUGCCCAAUCAUCUGCCUGAGAAUUGAAGCAACGCUUGAUGCGAUGAAAUUUGUAUUCCUUAAUCUUGGCCAGAUGCGUAACUUAAAGAAAAUACAAACUUAGAGGAUGAGUACUGCGGAUCGUUUUAAGUGGUGGUGAAGUCUGUAGGAUCUCGCACAAAGGGUCCAGUACUUGCUUAGCAUCCUGGAGGAAAAUGUUGUCCUUAUAAUUCAGUGCCAAGAGCAUUUGCCUCAGCUUUUGCUGCUUUGUUUGCUGUUGAAAGCUUACCUCGACUCCAAAACACAAGUCUUCUCUGUUGAUCAAACAAGAGCCAAGCAAUGCCGAUCGGUGUGUUCUUAUUGAUACAGGAUGCAUCCAGAUAACAGGUUUAUUGAGUUAGUUGGAACUAAAGGAUGCACCUGAAACGGUUGCAGAUUGCCACAAUUUUGUAUUCUGUAGUAAUUGUAAGAGUUUGAGAAUGAUUGUCUAUUGGACCCCUUGUCUUGUGUCUUGUGGUUUCGUUCUUUCCAUGGAUGUGAAGUUAAAGUAAACUUUGUGUAGUUGCAGCAGUUUCUUUGUAACUCUAUGAAACUUCUCCAAGCAAUUUCUUUGUAACUCUAUUAC